CGCUCGCAGAGGCCGGCCGCGCGCCCAGCUCGCCCGAAGCCCAUGCCCGGCGGCUGGAGGGGGGACCCGGCUCUGCAUGGCCCCGGCUGCUGACAUGACUUCUUUGCCACUCGGUGUCAAAGUGGAGGACUCAGCCUUCGGCAAGCCGGCGGGAGCAGGCGCGGGCCAGGCCCCCAGCGCCGCCGCGGCCACGGCGGCCGCCAUGGGCGCGGACGAGGAGGGGGCCAAGCCCAAAGUGUCCCCUUCGCUGCUGCCCUUCAGCGUGGAGGCGCUCAUGGCCGACCACAGGAAGCCCGGGGCCAAGGAGAGCGUCCUGGCAGCCUCCGAGGGCGCGCCGGCGGCGGGAGGUUCGGCGCAACCGCUGGGCGCCCGGCCCGGGGGGCUCGGCGCUCCGGACGCCCCCUCCUCGCCGCGGCCGCUGGGCCAUUUCUCGGUGGGGGGACUCCUGAAGCUGCCAGAAGAUGCGCUCGUCAAAGCCGAGAGCCCCGAAAAGCCCGAGAGGACCCGGUGGAUGCAGAGCGCCCGCUUCUCCCCGCCCCCGGCCAGGCGGCUGAGCCCCCCGGCCUGCACCCUGCGCAAGCACAAGACCAACCGCAAGCCGCGGACGCCUUUCACCACGGCGCAGCUGCUGGCGCUGGAGCGCAAGUUCCGCCAGAAGCAGUACUUGUCCAUCGCGGAGCGCGCCGAGUUCUCCAGCUCGCUCAGCCUCACCGAGACGCAGGUGAAGAUCUGGUUCCAGAACCGCCGCGCCAAGGCCAAGAGACUGCAGGAGGCCGAGCUGGAGAAGCUGAAGAUGACCGCCAAGCCCAUGCUGCCGCCGGCCGCCUUCGGCCUGUCUUUCCCUCUCGGCGGCCCCGCAGCCGUAGCGGCCGCCGCCGGCGCUUCGCUCUACAGCGCCUCAGGCCCCUUCCAGCGGGCCGCGCUGCCGGUGGCGCCCGUGGGACUCUACACGGCGCACGUAGGCUACAGCAUGUACCACCUGACAUAGAGGACCCCGGGCCGCCCACCUGCGCUGCCAGCCACGUCUUCUGCCAGCAGCAAGAGCGCACCCAACGCACCCCUGCUCCAUCCGCACCGCGCCCCCUCUCUCUAGCCCCCCUCCCCCGCCACAGAGCUACACCGUGAUGGGGCAGCCGAGGCCAGGGAAGUUAAGAGAGCCAAGCCGAGGUCCCCAGCAGAAUGAGUGGUCGAUCGGGACUGGAGGGCUCUGCUCCUGCGCUGGGGGCAGAGGGAGGGACAGCGCCUGCGGAUUUUGCAAUCGAACAGUUUGAGAGCCUGCAGGGUGAUGAGGGCGUCGCGGUUCCUUCCGCUGCAAAGCGGUUGCUUGGGGUUAGGGGACACACAGAUGCAUCGCAAAGGUAGGUUGAAGGGACCUCUCUGACCGUCCAGAAAACAGUUGUAAAAUUAAAAAAAAAAACCCGUUUCUAUUUAACAAUACAUUUGUGUGGCGUUCAAGCUCCCCUUUGGAAGGGAUUUGUGUGUACUAUGUAAUAUACUGUAUAUUUGAAAUUUAUUAUCAUUUAUAUUAUAGCUAUAUUUGUUAAAUAAAUUAAUUUUAAGCUACAAG